AUGUCUCGAGAACCCUACGACGUCGAAAGUCACGACACCUCCGCAGUUGCGCCGGUGUUGAAAGAUGAACAACUCGAGGAGAUUUCUGUGGAAAAAGGGUUUGAAGGAACAUCUGUUCCUACGUGGCAGAAACAGGUCACUGUUAGGGCAAUAUUUGCGAGUCUCAUGUUGUCGGUGAUGUUCACGUUUAUCGUGAUGAAGUUGAAUCUCACAACUGGGAUUAUUCCUUCGUUGAAUGUUUCUGCUGGAUUGUUAGGGUUUUUCUUUGUGAAGACAUGGACCAAGUUGCUUGAGAAAGCUGGUUGGCUUAAUCAACCUUUUACCAGACAGGAGAAUACUGUUAUUCAGACUUGUGUUGUUGCUGCUAGUGGAAUUGCAUUCAGCGUGAUGAUACAAUGA